AUGAGUGCCACCAUCCAGGAGCCCAAGUCGAUAGGGAACUUUGCCUCUGGUUCCGGUUCAAAACAAAAUUAUCCUAAAAUAUUCGUUACGAGGGAUCUUCCAAACGAGGACGGGCUGACGGUAACGGUGCAAGAUGCGGGUAUUCGCUGUAUUGCGGCCAAUGCGAAUGCCAAGGAUACCCUGCAUCCUUUGCGUCGGGCUCCAAAUUCCAUUCUGCCGCUUUUGAUACCCGAAUAUCUCGGAUACACCCGUGCGCUGUGUUACCCGACAGAGUGCUUGUCGUACAUGAACACGGAGGGGUGUCCCUCGUCUCUUCUAAUCUCCAAACUACGACUUAUCAAACCUCUCAAAGACCGACUGGGAGCGUGUUGGAAAGCUGGGUUUACUCGACUGCCGAAUGCGGAUGGGUUUCAUCGCGCAGUUGCUGUUACUUCGGAAGAUACCUUUAAUAAUGCCGGGCUCGUUGAAUUGGAGGGGGUCAUCGCGUCGAUCAGGGAAUUAACGUGUCAUGCCCUACCAUCCCCCCUUCCCCCUUCUCAGAACGUUACUAUCUCGACGCAAGGAUCCUCCCAAACACAACUCGUUCUUGCUAUUUCCUCACAUGUAUUGAGCGCCUCGGUAACCCUUCCACGCACGUCAAAUAUCGCGAAUGCAUUGGGUGCUGCCCGUUCUUCAUCAGAGUGGGUGAUCCCUUCUACCAUGCUCCAGGACGAUACCCGAACAGCACUAGUAAACCGGAUCAAACAAGAAGUCCAGGCGGGCCGAACGGCACAAGCAGAUGCUGCCUUCUUCCGCUGGGUUGAAAACGAGGCCGAGUUAUCUACAGAGGGCGAUAGAGCUGGAACGUUGGCCAGUGCGACCAAGGCGGCCGCCAAGAUCCCCUUCCCGAACAAGGAAAAGGAUGGGCCGAUGUUUGCUUCGGGAAUUGUGUCGGCACUCAUUUGGAGAGGUGCCGCUGGGCAGGGAAUGUUGAGGAGGCCUGGUGGGUUGUAUGGUGCAUUGAGGCAAAAUAGGGAAUGGCCAAUAAUGCUCAGCGCACUUCAACAUGUACCGGACAUUCCUGAGGACGAGACCGUGGCCACCAUUCGAGAUCUUCUUAUCCCUUUCCACCCCGAGGAAUCAUCUCCGCCCCGUCUCAUGAACACACCUCCACUUCAAAAUGCGCUCGCACAUGUUCUUGCAUCUAGUGCACGUUCUAAAAACUUUGACGUCUGGGAGCUGGAAGGGCUACAGCCUGAAGGAUGGGCUGGAAGUAAGAACGGGAAAAGCGUCGGUGUGAGUGCGGGAACGGGGAAGAAAAAAGUCAAGGGAGCCGGAAUGAUCCCUGCUCUCGAGCACAUAAUCAACUUUACCCAAGCACUCUUGGACACCCACCUCAUCACUCUGCUCCAGCACCGUCCCUCACACGCUCUUCUCCGGUCCCUCUCAGCGACUCUGUCGCCUCUUCCAGCGCACAACGACACGCUGUCUACUCUCACCGCUCCGUUGGCUCAAUUUGCAGCCGAGGAUGCGCUUGAACGAAAAUCAGAGUUGGACUCGUCCAAGGGAGCGCAGACAUGGCAGACCAAAGAGGAGUGGCGGAAGCGCCGCAAGGCACGGUUGGCCGCCGAGGCAGUGGCCAUUGGGGACUACAGAUUUGAAGAACUCGUUUUGUGA